AUGGCGACAGCCUCGUCGGUGUUCCCCAACGAGCCUCCGAAGCCGGCCGUCAAGACCGCGAUCCCUGGACCUCAAUCCAAGGCUGCGCUGGAAAAGCUGGAGAGAGUAUUCGACACGAGGAGCAUGAACUUUGUGGCCGACUAUGACAAGUGCCAUGGAAAUUACAUCGUCGACCAUGAUGGCAACGUUCUCUUGGACGCAUUUGCUCAGAUUGCUUCCAUUCCGCUGGGCUACAACAAUCCUCACCUGCUCGAAGUCGCAGAUAGUCCUCAGAUGAAGAGCGCCAUUGUCAACCGUCCUGCCAUUGGAGCCUUUCCCUCAUCCGAGUGGGCGGAUGUCCUGGAGACUGGUUUGCUAAAGGCGGCACCCAAGGGCUUUAGCCAAGUGUUUACCUCCAUGACCGGUUCCGAUGCCAACGAGCUGGCGUUCAAGGCCGCCUUCAUCUGGCGCCGCACCCUGGAGCGCAAGGGCGCCGAAUUCACAGCAGAGGAGCUCUCCUCCGUCAUGAAGAACGAAGAGCCCGGCGCGCCCAAGUACUCCAUCCUCUCCUUCGAGGGCGGAUUCCACGGCCGCCUCUUUGGUAGCCUGAGCGCCACGCGCAGCAAGGCCAUCCACAAGCUCGACAUUCCCGCGUUCGACUGGCCCGCCGCGCCCUUCCCGCAGCUGAAGUACCCCCUCGAGGAGCACGCCGCCGGCAACGCCGCCGAGGAGGAGCGCUGCCUCGCCGAGACGGAGCGUCUGCUGUCCAGCUGGCCGCAGCCCGUCGCCGCCGUCAUCGUCGAGCCGAUCCAGUCCGAGGGCGGCGACAACCACGCCUCGCCCGCGUUUUUCCGGCGCCUGCGCGAGAUGACCGCCGCGCGCAACGUGCUCAUGAUUGUCGACGAGGUGCAGACGGGCGUCGGCGCGACGGGCAAGUUUUGGGCGCAUGAGCACUGGGGCCUGGCCACGCCGCCCGACAUGGUCACGUUUUCCAAAAAGGCGCAGGCCGCGGGGUUCUACUACCGCGACGACGCGCUGCGGCCCGACAAGCCGUACCGCCAGUACAACACCUGGAUGGGCGACCCGGCGCGCGCGCUGCUCUUCCGCGGCAUCCACGACGAGGUGCGCCGCCUGGGCCUCGUGGAGCGCACGGCGGCCGUCGGGCGCUACCUGUACGGGAAGCUGGAGGCGCUGGCGGCCAAGUAUCCCGGCGAGGUUCAGAACCUGCGCGGCAAGGAUAGGGGCACCUUUAUCGCGUUUGACAGCCCCCGCAGGGAGCAGGUGCUGGCCAAGGCCAAGGCUCACGGGCUGAAUAUUGGAGCGAGCGGUGAUAGGGCGAUUCGCCUGCGGCCGAUGCUGGUGUUUGAAGAGGGACAUGCGGACAUUUUGAUCGACAUUUUGGAGACGGCUAUUAAGCAAUGA